UCUAUUGUCGCUCUUCUUUUUUCGGGUUCUAACUAUGUAAACUGGAGUAGAUCUGUGAAGAUGGCUUUAUAUGCAAGAAAUAAAGUGAGUUUUAUUGAUGGAACUCUUCUCAAACCAUCUGUUUCUUCCUCUGAUUUCAAGAAAUGGAUCCGGAAUGAUUACAUUGUAAGAUCUUGGAUCAUCAAUUCCAUGGAGAGAGGUAUUGCAGAAACCUUCAUGUUUGUUGAUUCAGCUUAUUAAUUGUGGAAGGAAGUUAAAGAUAGAUAUGGUCAAAGCAAUGUGCCUCAAUUGUUUGAUCUACAUAGAUCUCUUUUUCUUAUUGAACAGAAAGAUUCUUCCAUUACUGAAUAUUAUGCUAAAAAAAAAAAAGAAUAUGGGAUGAAAUUCAUGACCUAGAAGGCUUUCCUGAUUGUUCUUGUGGUAUUCUUGCUAAUUGUUCUUGUGGAAUUCUUAAAAAAGUCUUAGAUGCUGACAAUAGAAUGAAGUUAAUUCAAUUUCUUUCCGGUAUCAACCCAGCCUAUGAUCAAGUUAAGACAAACAUUCUUAGUACUGAUCCUUUACCUAACAUCAAUAAAGUAUAUCACAUUUUACAAUCUGUUGAGAGAAAACAUCAGAAUAACCUUUAUACAAGUCAUUCCAAUGAAAUUGGUGCUUUUGCUGCUCAUCAAUUCAAACCUGAUAAUUCUGCUGGUAUGAGGAAGGAUUCCAAGAAAACUAAGUUUGAAAGAGUAUGUGAGCAUUGUAAAGGCAAAGGUCACACGAUUGAUCAAUGUUUCAAGCUUAUAGGCUAUCCUGAGUGGUAUGCAAACAAGAAAUUUAAAUCUGUUUCUAGAACAACUGCAAAUGUUCAAGUUGAUAAUUCUUCCAUUCUUGGGUCUGUUCCUUGUUCUGGUUCCUCUGGAAAGAUGUCUUCUCCUGUUAUUGAUCCUCAAAUGCUAUCUGUUGUAUGCAAGGAAGUUAUUAAAUGCAUGAAUCAAUCUUCUAUAUCUACUGAUCCUCUUACUUCUUCCUAUACAAAUGUGAACUCUGCAGGACCUUACAACUAAUGAGGUCAAAGCCACUGCUAUGAGAACAUCAGGCUUAUAUCUUUUGUGUUCUUCAGCUUCUUCAUAUCAUGUUUUCCCCAAUAAUCUUGUUGUAAAUACAGCAUGUUCUUCUUCUA